AUGGAGACCUCUCAAGAAACCGAAGAAUGUGUCACCAUCAUCCCUGACGGGGAUGUCGUCCUUGUGCUGGGUAAGUCCAGGACAGCGGUUGAGAUCACUGCUUCAUUAUUGAAGCAUAUAUCACCCGUCUUCGAACGGAUGCUGGUCCUACCGAUACUCGAAGGCGAGGCGGUCCGUUCCUUUGAUGGAACGGAACCGGCCGCCAUCGAGCUUCCGGCGGAGCAGCCCGGCGCAAUGAUAACUGCGCUCCGGGCGCUCUAUGGGUCAGACCCCGAGUGCCUCACUGCAGAGCCUCGGGACAUCCGAGCCGUGUCUGUCCUGGCAGACAAGUAUGACAUGGUGCAGAGGUUCCGUCCGAUGGCGGCCAUUUGGCUAGGGUACCCAGCGGCAACAACAAGCCAGCCAGACCACCAGGCCGCCUACCUUUUUCGAAUAGAGAAGGAGUUCUUCGAGAUAAGCAGGUUUUUUAUUCGAAACGAUGCCCCUGUUCUAAAGUAUGCCCUGGGAACGCCCGACGAGCACCUUGGUCCGAAGUUGGGCAUGGCCAUCGAAUCUGUGCGGCUCGCAAACUUCACCAACCACGUGGAUAUUGGUCUCUGUCUUGGAUUCUUUUCCACAGCCCAGGACAACUUCGUUGAACGACAGCCCGGUUGUCGCUUCACAACGCGGCAUCUGUGGUAA